AUGUGGAAAUGCCAUAAGUGUCAUAAACCAGUAUAUUUUGCUGAAAGAAAGCAAUCGUUGGGAUACAAUUGGCACCCGGAAUGUUUGAGAUGUGAAGAAUGUGGAAAAAGACUGAAUCCUGGUCAACAUGCAGAGCACAAAGGGGUUCCUUAUUGUCAUGUGCCAUGCUACGGGGCUCUUUUUGGGCCCCAAUUAUUCGGUCAUGGAACCAGAGUAGAAUCUCAUAAGAGUUUUGGAGCUCAAAAAGACUCCCCUAAGUUUAGUAAUGGUCCGGUGCUUCCAAGAUCACAUUUAGAAUCAAAAAUAAAGGUUUAUAAUCAAUUUUUCGAGGGCAAAAGUGGAGAGAUACGCUCCAGAGAAGUCAAUGGAAGGUUUAUUCUUGAAGGUUCUUUACGAAUUCAUUGGGGUAUACAGGGUGUUAUACAUCUUAAGGAAAAUGAUGAUCAGAGGACUGUAGUUACUGUGAGAAAAAGGAAUUCAUACAGAUCACCCAGUCCUGAGUAUGAUACUGAUGAUGAUAUUCAAAACAUAUCAAGAGACAGUAGUUACAAUGAAAUAUCAACAUGUUCUGACGAUCUUACAAGAUCUGAUACUGGAAUUGAAAGCGGUUCAGAGUCUUUAGAUACCAGCAUUACUGAUAGCUCAUUUAGUUCUCAAAAUGUGAUCAAAUCAGUGACCCUUCCAUCAAAAUUGGAUGUCAAGAACAUGGAAUGGGAUGAAUUGGACGAGUUGCUUCGUGUAGAAAGAAAAGUAGAUGUCUCAGAGCAUUUGUACCAGACUAUGCCAGUUUCUUUACCAUCACAAUUGAGCACUGAAAAUUCCAGUGGGUCCAGUAGUAGUAACAAGACUGAAAGUGUAUCACAAACUGUCAAAAGCGACACGUUAACGCUAGGAGACUCUGAAACCUUAAAGGCUCCUCUAACCAACGGCACUAUUAGCGAAGAUAAAGUCCCUCUUUUGUCGUCGCCUCUCAGCAAAGAUGACGUUUGGUUAUCGCAAAGCAACCAUUUAAACAGAUCCAUGUCCGGGCCCGAUUGCUUAGGCCGCGUCAGAGACGGCUUGUCUCCUGAAUUUGACAGAAGCAGCAUGACGAGUACCGACAUAACCUUAUCAGAACAAAAUGAAGAAGUGGUGCUCAGGAGACCUCACAAAGGUUCUACAGCCAUAAAACGUCGCCCAGGCACGAGAUUAUCCAGGAGUAAAGUGAAACGAAGGUGUUCCAUAAACGGUCACUUCUAUGACAGAGAAACAAGCUUUUUUACUCCUCCUCACGGUAGCCAGAUGAGCGUAUGGGUCACGUCACUUGUCAAUACCGGUGAAGUUAUCAAUUUGUUAUUAGAAAAAUACAAAGUUGAAAGUGAUCCCCAGAACUUUGCUCUAUUCAUCGUUCGAGAUAAUGGAGAGCAACGCAGGUUAAAAGAGAGCGAAUAUCCUUUGUUGGCCAGGGUGCUUUUGGGGCCGCAUGAGGACGUCGCCAGGUUGUAUUUGAUGGACAGCCAUAACACGCCUGAAGUUAGCAGUGAAGUCGCGCAAUUUUUGAAUCUUACACUAGCCGAAUGUAGGGCUAUUCUGGCGCAAUAUUAUUCGCAAGAGGAAAGGGAGGUGGCUCGAAUAAAGCAAAAGUUUGAGGAGAUGAAGUUUAGAAUAUCGAGAAAACUAAACGAUUCAAAAACGACUUCUUGA